AUGGAUCUCGGCGCCCUGCUCCGGGUGCGGCACGGGGAGGACAAACUGCGGGUGGCGCCGCGCGAGGCUCUCCAUCGCCGUAUGGCUGUGAGCUCGGCGAGGGGGAGCUCGCGCGCCUUGGGGAGGUCGAGGAUCUCGGAGAGGGGCUUGAUGCCUGUGUUGGGGGAUGAUCCUGACGACGGCCUUCUUCAGCUCUUCAAUGUUCCCGUGGCCCUCCUCCCUCGCCUUGGCGUCCAGCUUCUCGCGGUACUUCUCGAGGACCGUACGCGAGGCCUGUGUCGUCGCGAGGAAGCGUACGUCGUGCACCUGGGCCCAGCGCCGCUGGCUGCCGGCGCGUAG